AUGACAGGAGUGUUUGACAGGAGGGUCCCCAGCAUCCGAUCCGGCGACUUCCAAGCCCCGUUCCAGACGUCCGCAGCCAUGCACCAUCCGUCUCAGGAAUCGCCAACUUUGCCCGAGUCGUCGGCUACCGAUUCCGACUACUACAGCCCCGCGGGGGGAGCCCCGCAUGGGUACUGCUCUCCUACCUCGGCUUCCUACGGCAAAGCGCUCAACCCCUACCAGUACCAGUACCACGGCGUGAACGGCGCCGCGGGCAGCUACCCCGCCAAAGCUUACGCCGACUACAGCUACGCCAGCCCCUACCACCAGUACGGCGGCGCCUACAACCGCGUGCCGAGCGCCACCAGCCAGCCAGAGAAAGAAGUGGCCGAGCCCGAGGUGAGGAUGGUGAACGGCAAACCAAAGAAAGUUCGUAAACCCAGGACUAUUUAUUCCAGCUUUCAGCUGGCCGCGUUACAGAGAAGGUUUCAGAAGACUCAGUACCUCGCCCUGCCCGAACGCGCCGAGCUGGCCGCCUCCCUGGGACUGACGCAAACACAGGUGAAAAUCUGGUUUCAGAACAAAAGAUCCAAGAUCAAGAAGAUCAUGAAAAACGGGGAGAUGCCCCCGGAGCACAGCCCCAGCUCCAGCGACCCUAUGGCGUGUAACUCGCCUCAGUCUCCGGCGGUGUGGGAGCCCCAGGGCUCGUCCCGCUCGCUCAGCCACCACCCUCAUGCCCACCCUCCGACCUCCAACCAGUCCCCCGCGUCCAGCUACCUGGAGAACUCGGCUUCCUGGUACCCGAGCGCGGCCAGCUCAAUCAAUUCCCACCUGCCGCCGCCCGGCUCCUUACAGCACCCGCUGGCGCUGGCCUCCGGGACACUCUAUUAG